UUGAAACUUACUGGGGCAAUAUUUUUAAAAGGACCUUUGAUAACGGAGAAAAAAUGUUCCCCAACCUGGAACACAUUGUAAAGGCCGCAUUAGCACUGUCGCAUGGCAAUGCAGAUGUGGAAAGGGGCUUUUCAUGUUCGGGUAGAAUUUUAACACCAGAAAGGGCUAACAUGUGUCAGAGGACCCUUGAUGCGCAUUUGACAGUUAAAUCGGCACUAAAAAACAUGUACGAAAACAAGAUUCAUUUAGUCCCUUUAACACCUGAAUUGAUGAAAUUAGCCAGAACGGCAUAUAUAAGAUAUAAAACAUAUUGUGAAGAACAGAAGCAAAAAGAAGAAAUAAAGAAGCUCGAAAAGAAAAGAAAUGAGGAACUUGAUAGAGAAAAAAAAGAACUUAAGAGAAAGUACGAAGAAACUAAGACGAUUAUUGAAGAAGGUGAGACAACGCUAAAAAAAAUAAGAGAAGAAGAAAAAACUAAGAGGGAGACAAUUGACAGAUUAAUUAAAAAUGCAAAUGCCAUGUUGAAGGGCGGAAUCAAAGAAAAAGACAUGGUUUCCGUAAAUAUGGCAAAAUCUCUGCUAGAAACUGUAGUAAAGGAGAGAAAAGAAGAAGAACAACAAAUACAAGAGGAAGAAAAAAUACAAAAAAUCGUAGAUAAGAAGAAAAAAACACUUAUAACAAACUUCUUUAAGAAAACUUAAUUUUAAAUGUUAUGUUUAUUUUAAUGGAACUUCUCUGUACUUUUUUUCUUUCUCAUAGUCAUUUGAUUUUAGUGUUCACUAUAUGUAUAAUUUUGCACGAAUGCGCAUGACUCACUUGUAAUACAAAAACAAUUACUAACAAUAAAAAAAGCUUUUUAACACAAUAAAAAGGCGGUGCUGGUUGGCUAUGGGGAUGGUGGAGGCCAAUAACUGAAAAUAAGCUUUUUAUUUCACACCAUUCACCCGAAAAACGGUUUGGAAAUGGUCAGUAUUUGGUCAGUAUUUUUGAAUUUUUGGUCAGUAAAAUCAGUAUUUUCGACCAUAGAACUUGUUUCGGCCCC